CCCAGCCCCCCGGGCGGGCCCAGCUCAUUGGCGCCGCGGCCCCUCCAGGACCCGCACAUUGUUCCCCGCCCCCGCCUCGGCCACCGCCGCCGUCGCCGCCGCCACCGGGCUAUAAAAACGGGCAGAGCGCCGAAAGGUGCGGAUGCUUAUUAUAGACCGACGCGACAUCAGCGCCCGGACCACGGUUCUCUGCUGCGGCUUUGGGGAACCAGCUCCUCUAAUUGCAUCCACAGAGGUGUGCGUGGAAGCUCUGAGGGCCAAGGGAGGGAGGACUCAGCCAAAGCGCGACUAUCCCUCGGGGCCAUGGACUCGGACGCCAGUCUGGUGUCCAGCCGCCCGUCGUCGCCAGAGCCCGAUGACCUUUUUCUGCCCGCCCGGAGUAAGGGCAGCGGCGGCAGCGGCUUUACGGGAGGCACCGUGUCUUCGUCCACGCCGAGCGACUGCCCGCCAGAGCUGAGCGCCGAGCUGCGUGGCGCCAUGGGCACGGCGGGCGCGCACCCCGGGGACAAGCUGGGCGGCGGCGGCUUCAAGUCAUCCUCGUCCAGCACCUCAUCGUCCACGUCGUCGGCGGCCGCGUCGUCCACCAAGAAGGACAAGAAACAGAUGACAGAGCCCGAGCUGCAGCAGCUGCGCCUCAAAAUCAACAGCCGCGAGCGCAAGCGUAUGCACGACCUCAACAUCGCCAUGGAUGGGCUGCGCGAGGUCAUGCCCUACGCGCACGGCCCGUCCGUGCGCAAGCUCUCCAAGAUCGCCACGCUGCUGCUGGCGCGCAACUACAUCCUCAUGCUCACCAACUCGCUGGAGGAGAUGAAGCGGCUGGUGAGCGAGAUCUACGGCGGCCACCACGCCGGCUUCCACCCGUCGGCCUGCGGCGGCCUGGCGCACUCAGCGCCCCUGCCCGCCGCCACGGCACACCCCGCGGCCGCCGCGCACGCCGCGCACCACCCGGCGGUGCACCAUCCCAUCCUGCCUCCGGCCGCCGCCGCUGCCGCCGCUGCUGCCGCCGCCGCCGCGGUGUCCAGCGCCUCCCUGCCCGGUUCUGGGUUGUCGUCGGUCGGCUCCAUUCGGCCCCCGCACGGCCUGCUCAAGUCUCCGUCGGCAGCGGCGGCGGCCCCGCUGGGGGGCGGAGGCGGCGGCAGCGGGGGCAGCGGCGGCUUCCAGCACUGGGGCGGCAUGCCCUGCCCCUGCAGCAUGUGUCAGGUCCCACCGCCACACCACCACGUGUCGGCCAUGGGCACCGGCAGCCUGCCGCGCCUCACCUCCGACGCUAAGUGAGCGGUCCCGCGGCGGCGCGUUCUGGCGAGCAGGGGUGCCCAGAGGCCGCGGGGGAAGCAAGGACCGGCCGGCGCUGGGGUCUGGGAACUCAGUUCCGAGGAGGAGCGUAGGACCAUGGGCUGGGGUGGGGGGCGAUGGUGAGGACUCCAGCGCCGGGGAAGCCAAGCAACGGGGGCGCGCGCUGAACAGUGCGGAGGGAGAGGGGCGUUCGCUCCCGGACCUGGUCCAGCCCUCUCUGGCUUUAAACAGCGCUGGUCCGGUAGACACCAUUUAUAAGAAGGCACCGCUGCGUGCAUCCCUCCCUCGACCCUCUCCCCCACAAAAAAGAUGAUCCUAUAAACUGUGGUUUCCCCGUGAACAAGGUCGCAUUCGGCGCGGGCAGCACUAGGUUACAGUGGGGCGGGGGGCAGGGAGGAGAGCAUUGAGGACUUCCUCUCCUCGCUCCUUCCUUGGCGGGUGGGAGACUCGCGGGAGCCGCCCUCCAGGAGCGGCGGUCUGGCCUCUCCCUCAAGGGUCGUCGCUGGCCCAGGGCCAGGGGCAGAGAGUUAUUUGGAAGCUGGCAUUCGGUACCAGAAGCAUUUAGGGUCGUGUCGGAUCUCGAUAGCUGGGUAAACCCACAACCGUCUGAGAACUGUUGCCGUUCCUCCCUGUCGCUCCAAUUGGUUUGGGGGUUUGUGGUUUUCCGAUAAUCUGGAUAAUCUGUCGAUGUUCCUUUGUCAACAGCAUGAGCAAGCUUUAUAGACGGUCAGAGUAGAACCACUUGUGGAUUGGAAUAACCUAAAACUGUCGACUUUGGGGGCGGGUGGUUUUUAGUUAUUUUAAAAUAGACUCUCUCCCCCCUUCCCCAUUCUUUCCGUCUCUGAGCACGAAAUGAUUUGGUUUCUUACCCGAUUGGGGCAGUCGUUUUGGUACCUGAGGGUUUGCCGGAACUCACAGGCUGUUGCCGUGAAUCCAGCUUGGGUUAUUUGUGGGUUCUCUUGGCUUUUUAAAGUUUUCUUUCUUGGGUGUGUAAAUAUAAUAUCCAUGAUGAGGUAAGUGCGUGCGGCUAAGCUUUGCUCACGUGACUGCCAGCCCCACCGGAGUCUAAGCUGGGUUUCCUCUAUUUCGGUUUCUUUUUGCCAAGUUUAACACAAAUGACAAACUCCUCCACGUGCUUCCUGCGUCCGCAGAAACGCCUCGGCGCUACCCGAGUUGCAAUAUGGGCUCCUCAGCGUCUGCCAAGUAACAUCUCUCCUCUGAACGCAGACCCUCGCAGAGAGUGUAUCAUCUGUUUUAUUUUUGUAAAAAGAAAAAAAGUGCUAAAUAAUAUUUAUUACUUGUUUGGUUGCAAAAACGAAAUAAAUGAUCGAGUGUUGAGAUUUUAAAUAAAACCUAAAGUCGGG